UAAUAAGAAUUUUAAGAUGAAGAUCAACUGCAAGACCUCUCUCUCCCUUUUCAUUGCAAUACUUUGUCUCCUUUUACCAGCUCCAAUCAAUGGAUCAAUGAUUGGAGAAGGACCUUACACAACUUAUGCUACCCUGGGGUCUACUGCAGGAGUCAGCAGUAAGUGUUUGGAGAGGAAGCUAAGGAGCAGCUCUCAUGCUAUUCGUAUACCAACUGGUUUCCCUAUUGGUAGCAGUGUGCAGCAUAAAGCUUAUGUGUCUGCUAAUGGUGUCAUUUCAUUUGAGAAGCCAAUACAAUGUGGAGAUGCUUCACCAUUCCCAACUAACUUGACUAAUGUAGAGAAUGGCUUUAUCAUAGCACCUUACUGGAGUGACUCUGACAUUAGAAGUACUGGCAAUGUCUGCUAUGAGGUUCAUGAUGACAUCAGCAGCUCACGUUUGAUGAGGACUGUCUCUGAUAUCAUUCAUAAAUUGACUGGAACAAGUUACAAUGGAUAUUGGUUGAUGGUGGCACAAUGGAGGAAUGUUCAUCCUUUUCCUCAUGGUGCUAGCUUUCUUGGACAACUGAACAGUGACAUUCAAUCAUUUGCUAACAAGGUGAACAGUUAUCAAGCCAUUAUAAUCACAGAUCAUGUCAGAUCUUAUGCACUCUUCACAUACAGAUGUAAUGAUAUCCAGUGGUCCGGAUACAUGAAAAAUGCAAUAAUUGGUACAAAUGCUGGAGGAGGGUCUCUGUACAAUAACUACAAUACCAGUAAUGUUACUGGAGUAGGCUGUGUUAAUAUGCCUGGCUCAGAGUUUCAUAACAUCCUCUACCAGCUAAGCUCACUCCGUUUCUCUAAUUCAUAUCAAACCAAGUAUCAAGAAUGUAGCAAUUAUUAUUAUGAAGAUAUUGCUAAGUAUGGAAGUAAUGACGUUUUAGCUUCACAGGCACAGGGUCUGCCUCCUUGUCCUUGCUCAGGACAACAGGCUCAACUGGACGGGAUGUGGAGAGAGAUCAAAACUGGAUCAAACUGUUAUGAUUACAAGUUUCCAUCAUCUACUAAUGCAACACAAAGAUGCUGCUAUUCAACAGACUCUACAGGAUGGGGUGCAUUAAAGACAGCUCAAUCAACAGAUCAAUAUGGGACUAACAUGAUAGUCUACCAUGAGAAUGCUGCCAAUGUCACUGAUACUGGAUCUGAUGAAUACUUUCGUAGUAUCUGCUGCUCUGAGUCUGAUGGAGUAGGCCUCUGCUCACUUUAUUAUGCAAGAAGACCACCUAAUGAUUGUACUGGAUACACUCCAUCAAGCUGGGCGUGGGGUUAUGGUGACCCACAUAUGAUGACAUUUGACGGUACAAACUACACUUUUAAUAAUCUUGGUGAAUUUUAUCUCUUAAAACUAAGAGAUAAAACAUUCAAUGUUCAAGGAAGGACAUCACUGGUUACUGAUACUGGGCUUUCUAGUGUAGCCAAUGCUAAAGCUACACAGUUUACUUCAAUUGCCUUUCGUAAUGGGACACAUACAAUUGAAUUUAACGCAACAAGUUGGGGAAUCAGAACUUACUACAAUCAAGGGAGAAACAUUACUUCAACUUUUAACAAUGUUGGUUCAUUCCUUUAUGAUCCUGACAAGACUUUUGUGAUAUCAAGAGAAACCACAGAUACAUUGCUAAUAGCAUUUGCCUGUGACAUAUGGGCCAGUCUCAGUUUAACAUCAGGUGUACUGCAUUUCAGAGUGUCUGUACCUACCAAAUACAAGUCUAAUGCAUUUACUAUGCUUGGUUAUUAUAAUGGGAAUUCAAGUGACGAUUUAGUAAUGAAUAAUAGAGAUGUCAUAGAUCCUACUCAAGAGAAAUAUGUAUAUUAUUUUGCUGAAGAUUGGAGAGUUGAAUCAACUUCUGAUUCAUACUUCAUUGAUCCUAAUCCAACUCCAAUUCGAAACUUUGUUCCAGUCAUGGUUUCUGAAGCUACUUCUAGUGCCAAUGAAAAAGCUCUUGUACAGUGUGGUUAUGACACAGCUUGUACAUAUGAUGCUGUGUUGACAGGAUCAAUCUCACUAGGCCUCACUAGCUUACGGGUCCAUAAUUUAAACAUUGCAGAUCUGGCAAAACUGACUAAUUUUCCUCCAAAUAUUACUGGUGAUCCAGUUGCUAGCUUCGUGGCUGCUUCUGGAGCCAAACUAAGUUAUAAUUUCAGUGUCACAGAUACUGGCUCCUUCACUGUUGUACUAGCAGGCACAAAUUCUGAUCAAAUUGGACAAUUGAACAAAUUAAGUACUGGUUCUGACUUCCGUUCAGCUAAUAGUCCUACAGUAGAGAAAUGGGAGUAUUCUUUUGAAUGGGGACCCAGCAAUACAACCAAUUUCUCUAUUACUUUUAUAGCUACAGACUCAAGCAAUGCAGCCUCCAUAUUAGAAGUAAAAGUUCAGAUAUGUUACUGUCUCAAUGGUGGUAGCUGUUCAAAUGAACAUAUCAAGGAUCUAACCUCAUCAACGAUACUCUUACCAUGUGAUUGCUCAACAGAUGUGUGGGAUGGUGAGUAUUGCCAGUCUGAUGCUAAUGGAUGUGAUGAUUGUUCAUGUUAUGAUGGAGUCUCCUGCACUGAUAAUGUGAGUCCAUUGUCUGGUGUGACAUGUGGGGCUUGUCCUGCUGGUCUAUUCAAAGGAGAUGAGAAAUGCAUUGAUAAUUCAACUAGUAUCAAUGAUUAUAGUAUUACUACCUCUGCAACUUCAGUUACUUCUAAUGCUGCUACAGCUGCAGUUACUUCUAAUGCUGCUACAACUUCAGUUACUUCUAAUGUUGCUACAGCUACAGUUACUUCUAAUGCAGCUACAGCUACAGUUACUUCUAAUGCUGCUACAACUUCAGUUACUUCUAAUGCUGCUACAGCUACAGUUACUUCUAAUGCCGCUACAACUUCAGUUACUUCUGAUGCUGCUACAGUUGCAGUUACUUCUAAUGCUGCUACAGCUGCAGUUACUUCUAAUGCUGCUACAGCUACAGUUACUUCUAAUGCUGCUACAACUUCAGUUACUUCUAAUGCUGCUACAGCUGCAGUUACUUCUAAUGCUGCUACAGCUACAGUUACUUCUAAUGCCGCUACAGCUUUAACUGCUUCUAAUACGAUUACAACUUCAAUUACUUCUAAUGCUGCUACAGCUGCAGUUACUUCUAAUGUGGCUACAACUACAGUUACUUCUAAUGCCGCUACAACUUCAGUUACUUCUAAUGCUGCUACAGCUACAGUUACUUCUAAUGCUGCUACAGCUACAGUUACUUCUGAUGCUGCUACAACUUCAGUUACUUCUAAUGCUGCUACAGCUACAGUUACUUCUCAUGCCGCUACAACUUCAGUUACUUCUAAUGCUGCUACAGCUUUAACUGCUUCUAAUACAAUUACAACUUCAACUGCUUCUAAUGCUGCUACAGCCUCACUUAUUUCUGAUACAGUUACAACUUCAACUAAUUCUACAACUUCAGCAAAUACCCAUAUGACUUCUAAUGCUCCUUCAACUUCAGCUACCUCUGAUACCAUUACAACUACUUCUAAUACAAUUGCAACUUCGGCUACUUCAAAUUCUUCAAUACAGUCCAGUCCAACAAAUACUCCUGAUCCUGGUGACCAUAGCAAUGGUCUCAGUACCCUAAUGCUACUGGUAGUAGCAUUGAUUGGACUGGUGGGUGCUGUAGUGUGUGUAAUCUUAAUGCUAAUGAUAAUGAUGGCUUGCAGGUCUAGCAGUGACCCAAGCAGGAUAAUGAUUGGCCUCCAUAGGAGGGUUCAUGUUCAGCCAGCCGGCUUUGGUGUUGAUGGUAGGGAACUUCAAGUGAUUCAGAAUCCUCAUGCUAAAAAGGAAGGACUCAUUAGUAUGGGAAUAUUGGAAGGAGCUAAAGCAGUGGCUGCAGUUGCUACUGUUGGUCCUGUCAGUAAUGCAUUGGAAGUGGUGAGUUUGGAUGGAUCAGACCCAGAAGACUGGUGAGGAGCAGAGACUGGACCUUGUGCAUGAUUCAUCACUUAAACUAAUAGAUGUAGAUUUGAACAAUAAUAAUAAUAAUGAAAAUUAAUAGUUUCUUUAAUCAUAAUAAUGAUUUGUGCUAGCUUUAAAUUAUUUAUGCUAUAAUCCAUCAUUUUUAUUAUGCGU